AUGGCGGACGACGCGCCCGCGGCCCUCGCCGACGUCGUCAUCGACGCCGUCGGCCCCGACGCGGCGACGCACGCCCUCGAGGAGCGGGUCUGGGUGCCCUGCAAGCGCGACGUCUGGCGCCUCGCGACGGCCCUCGUGCGCCCCGGCGAGGAGCUGGAGAUCGAGGUGGCGGGCCUCGACGGCAACCCCCAGCGCUUCCGGCGCAAGGACGUGCGCGACUUCGACCCGAGCCACCUCGUGCCCGUCGACGACCUCAUGCGCGUCAACAACCUCAGCGAGGCGCCGCUUUUGGACGCGCUCGCGCGGCGCCACGCGGCCGACGCCAUCUACACGGCC